CUGGAUGUAAUAACUGAACUGAAUUUAGUUUGUAUUACUGUGGUGAUGAGAUUUGAAUUCAUAGCAAUAAUUUAGCUUGGGUCUCCAUCACAAAUAAGUUAUCAAUUUGAAUAAAUGCUAAGUUAGAGGAUAGUGAAUAGAAGUUUAAAAUAAUGGAUUGGCUGCAGUUUGAUUGCGCAUUAAUUAAAAUGGAUAAUAAUGGUAUCCCAGGAGGUUGUAUCCAUAAAACUUGUUGACGAGGACUUGGAUCACAUACCAGAAGAAUUUGUUUGUACAGAGAGCAUUCCAAAAGAAGAAAUACAAAAUCCCAAUUGAUUCGUUGGCUGGGGACAGACUGGGCUUUGUAAAAGGGCAGUUUUAAAGCCAAAACCAGCACACUGACUAAAACUUAAAAUGACUGACACCUUUUUGUAUCACUGUGAAAAUCACAUUUUACUUCAGUUGGAAUGGAUAUUCGGGGCCGAUGAAGUCAUCACCAGAGACAAUAACCCCUUGGAUAUCUGCAAAUAUUUGAUUCUUGUUUUUGCAAAAUGUGAAAUAAACCAUUCAGAAAUUAAUUGCCAAUACUAAAGACCAUGAUUUUGUUAAAAUGAAUAUGCAAAUGAGAAAUAUUCAAUGCUUUCUUUCUUUUGGAAUAUCAAAUAGACUUUUGAGUGAUCAUGAAACUAACUAAGCUUCGUCUGUGCAUACGAAUCAUAGAAUCCCUCCAGUGUGGAGGCACACCAUUCAGUUAAUUGAGACCACACUGUCUGUACAAAGAGCAUCCCACACAGUCCUGCGCUCCUAUUCCUCACCCCAUCCCUGUAUCCCUGCACUUCCCAUCCACCUAAUCUGCACAUCUUUGAACAGCGAGAGGAAACCAGAGCACCUGGAGGAAACCCAUGCAGACAUGGGGAGAAUGUGCAAACUCAACACAGAUAGUCGCCCAAGGGUAGAGUUGAAAGCAGCAGUCCCUAGUGCUGUGUGGCAGCAGUGCUAACCUCUGUGCGAAUGUGCUGCCCCAUGUGGAUUUGGAAUUGCAGAAGACCAACAGCAGCUGUGAAAGCAAGCUGCUGUUCUUUGUCACUGUUGAUGACAGCACCCUGUUUAAUGUGUCUGCAUUCCUAGAGGAAGGCAACAUUUAAAAGAAGACCUGUUGCACAAGAUUGAUUCUGAAAGGACAAGACAUCAGCUGCAUCUUGCAUAGCUAGCUGAGAACCAAAGCAUUUGGAUAACUAUGACCAGACCGAUAGCCAAGUGCACCCUAUGACCCCUUAAUUUUUUUUCAACUGAAUUUUACCCUAGUUCCUGUUCUCUCUGACCCAUUUUUGCAGCUUUGGUUUGAGUCCAUGUCCAUGUGUUUUACAUUUUUAAUAUUUUUAAUUUUUAAGAUAUUUUUACCUGAAUAGUAACUCAAGAAAUCCUUUAUUGGUUAGUUGGCUUAUCAGACACAUGCAAACAGAAGUGCAUCUUGAUUUGGCAAGUACAACCUUGUAUUUACAUUCAAACUCUUGUUCUAUAAAAUGGGAAGUGUGAAAAGAAGUGAGACAUUCCACUCCCACCUGGUUGUAAUACCAGUCUCAAGAAUUCAUGAUUUUUGAAUCCCUUAAACUUUUUUUACAUAAGCAGGCAUUCUUGUUCACCGAGACAGUAUUUCACAUUAACAAGUCUAUUCCUUUAAGAUACAAAAAAAGUUCAGUUUAAUCCCCAACUUUUUAAGGUAUCCACCAUAAUUUCUGGAGUGACCAACAAUCCAUUUGGACAAUUUUAUGUGCAUUUGCUUUAUGUUGUAAUGUGGCUUGCUUGACAGAGGAUCAAACGAGUGAGCCACUGAAACUGCCUGCCUUUUUGACAGAAACUCCUCCACUGCCUUUCUGUUGUUUAAGAAUGCCAUCCAAUGCUCAGUUGUCCAUCUUUACUGUAAAUAAAAUGGCAAAAGUUGUUGAAAUAAUAUUGUGAAAUAGUGUAGCAAUGCAAAUCAGCAAAUGCCAGCGUACUCAGAAUAUUACAGAUUUCGGAAACAUUUCAAAAUAACAACUUUACGUGCAGUAAUAAACAACUGCAUGAUUAAGUUAGAAAUCUCUAAAGGCCUUGCUGCAAAUUACAAGAGAUCCUUUUUUAUAUGGAUGAGCGGGUGGAAAAUUAAUUAUCUUUGGCUUGUGUGUAGUUGAAUUGUUAAAUUGAGACUCUUAAUUGACUUUCUCUGCCACUUCCAGUAACCUCAAAAAUAUUGAUAAGCAUUGAAUUUAGCAUUUCAAAUCCUGAGUUGAAGCUGUUGAUUGGAUUCGUUGUGGUGUGCUCUUUGAACGGUACUUGCAUUUACUAUGCAGAAGCAUCCCCAUAUUUUUACUACUCAGUGAGUCAUAAGGUAACAUAUCUUUGUUUCUGCUUGUCCCCACCAGUGAGCUGCAGAAGAUACACUAUUUUAUUUUAUUAUCAAAGAAUAAAAGAUAAGCCAGAACGUGCUGUCUGUGAGGAUGUGGAAAGUGUGUUGAUCCAUGAUUUCAAAAGAAGGUUGGAUGAACCAUGGAGGGAAACAGCAAACCGGUAUGGACUUGAUGCACUAAAUGACCACCUCCUGCACUGUAGUAAUGACGUUGACUCAAUGAUUCGUAGCAAAACUAAAAGGAAGUGUUUCUUAACUGACUUUAAUAAAAUUAGAUGCGACAUGGAGAAACAAGUGCCUUGGUUUUUGGCUUUGUUUUUGCUCCUGGAUUUCAGUGAUGAGGACUGUAUGGGAAUCCUAAGUAUAGACCUGGAGGUAGAACUGUGGACAUGAACGAAAGGACUGACGUUCAAAAUGUGCAACUUGCUUAUCGGAGUCCACAUGAGGAUCAGCUACAUUGCAGUGUACAGAAGCAAGCACUUAAAGCUGAUUCACUUACACUGACUGUUCCUGAGGUGGUGAUUGGGCAGUUGAGGAAUUCAGUCAACAUUCCUUGUACCUACCAUCCAUCGCCUCUACAUGUUGAAGUAGAAGUUACUUGGUAUAUUAAUACAUACACCAUUAUUAUUCGACGACGUGAAAGUGGUAGUUAUAUUCCUCUUUCCAACAAUCGGGGCAGAAUCUAUAUCCAGCAUGGUCCUGGAUCUGGUGAUGUGUCACUUAUCCUGAAAAAUCUGGCAUAUAGUGAUCGAGGAACCUAUACCUGUGAAGUAAAAUGGCAAACUAAACAGGGAUUAAAUCAAACUGAAGAGACAGCUGAUGUCAGUCUAAUGGUACAAAGAGCUUUACCUUCAACUAGACCUCCGGCUGCUCUGUCCCCUGUGGUUACUUCUGCAUGUGGGUUCAACAGUGCGAAGAUUGAAGUCUGGGUGUUUGCGUUGACAGUUUCUCUGAUUGUACUGAUAUUUUCAGUUAUCAUUAUUUGCAUUGUGCUCUGGAAAAGAACAAAAACAGAGCACAUAAAUGAUUUACCAAGCGCUACUCAAAGUUUUCUGUAUCAGACACCUACACAUGUGGUCAUAAGUGGAAAUAAUGAAUAUGAAACGAUGACGACAAUGAAGGAGAAUGAAUAUUCAGUCAUAUCUGUGGGAUCCACUUAUGCCUAUGCACAACCAAAUGCCUCAGUGUGAAGAAUAAUCUGAAGUUUUCUUCCUGUGCAGCUUCAUAAAAUAUGAAUUUAAAAUUGCAUGUCACAUUCUGUUUACUGCAAUUACUUAUUCAACCUCAAAGACAAAUGGCAUAAUAAGUUAAUAAAUGUUUAAGCUGAGAUGAACAGGUAACAGUUUGAGUGGGCUGUUUCUUUUCGCAACACUAGAAAUGCCCUGAAAGCUUCUAACCAAGCUUCAAAUAACUUUGUUUCUCAAUUUUAUCUAUUACCUUCUUGAAAAUUAUGCUAACUCUUGCUGGGGGCAUUAUUCCAUUGCCCCAGAUGGCCAAAAUAAGUUUUUAUUCAUAAAAAAUCUUUAUGUACAUACACAGGUAUUAAAGCAAUUCUGUACAAUCUUAGCAUUUGAAGAACAAACAAACAUUGGAAUUUGACAUUCCCUACAAUUGCAAAAACCAAAGGCAUUUCCUGCUCAUGCAGGUUGCUAUUUACAUGCAUUGGGGCAAAGUGAUGGUCUGACAACUGAAUAGACCCUGGUUGUAUUUUGGUUUAGAGACCUUAGAUGGUAAUAAAAGUUUUUUUUUAAAAAAAGCAUUAUUUAUAGAAGUAUCUUAUGUACAUCCAUAGUAGAGCAGUUUGUUUCUGUGCAGUCUUUGCAUAUUGAGGACAAGCAAACAUUGGAGUUUGACUUUCCUGAUAAUUCCACAACCCAAAGGCAUUUCUUACUUAUGCAACAUAUUGUUUACAUAUUUGAGGUACGGAGAAGGUCCAAUAAGUGAACAGCCCUUCAUUGUACAUUGGCAGAAAGAUGCUAGAUGGUGGUCUCUCUCACUGUGCCUUGGUGGCAGCUGCCCUAACUCAAGUGCAUCCCUCAGCACACAGUCCUGGACCUUGGAAUGUGUCAAUCCACAACACUGUCAGGGUCAGCUCCUUUUUUCUGGAAGACCAAGUUUCAUGUUGACCAAAGAAGGCCUUUCACUGAGUUGAUGGUCAUUCAGAUGUAGUAGAUGUUUGUCUCAGUGUGCAUCCCAGGGAAUAGACCAGAAAACAACAACUCCUUUGUCACAGAGCUGCUUGGGACGAACUGUGACCAAAAAAAAACCUGAAAAUGAUAAAAACAAAAUGCUGCAAGCCUGCAAUGUGCUGGAAAUGCUCAGAUCUGGCAUCUUCUGUGCUAAGAGAAACUUAUUGUUUUGUGUUGACUGUGACGCUUCAGAACAUUGGUUAGUUUUAUGUUAUACUUGUUAAUUCCUCAUUACUGACCAAUGGCUUUGGCUGAUGAGUUUGGGCAUAAUUGAGUGCAGCAGAACUAAGUGUCAAGGUGUCCUUAUCUGACACCCAUGUGUAUCUUUCCAGCAGAUGUUACUUGAGCAGGAAUCUUGUCUUAUUGGUUCAUUUUACUGCAAGGUGCCAAAGCUAAAAAUAGAUUUUAAAUUAUAGUUUAUUAUGAUUUUAGUUUAACUACUUUGUAUGAAAACUGUUUAGAGCUUGCUGUGUUGCUAGCAUCACUUCCUGUGUUGUGAAAAUAUAUUUUGUACUUUUUGUUUUAGAUAACUG